AUGCCUCCAGAAUUCCUUGUCCCGCUCGUCGAUAUUUGUGGCAGUUCAACAGCAGUCCACGUCUUCUGGGGCCCGGAAGACGCGAGGAACUGGUCCGUCGGACGCGAGGAACUGGAUUCCCGCGACAGCGCAUACUGGCGCGCUUAUCUGACCGCCCUCGCACACGCCCUUCGCACGGUAACUUCAGAAGCCAUUCACAAAGUUUUGUUUACCAGGAAUGACCCUUGAAAAAGUGAUCGAAGCAAGUUCUACAUGGGUCGAAAGAUCUCACCGAAAGGAAACGAAACGUGUUCUUCUUUGGAAUUCUCUGGUUGGGAUCUUUCGACCCAUGACUCGUCCGUUAAUUUGCAGGCCAUUGCCGAAGGCAUUCCUAAUCUGAUCAUUCGGAGCCGAGAACGGAAUGUUCACGUGGCGAUCAACGCAUAUCAGGCGAGAAAACGCUCGAAGGCGUUCCUAGUGAACGGAACGUUGACCGAUAUGAUUAAUAGUUAUCUGACACUUUUCAAAGUGAGCACUUUGCGUUUACGAACUUGUUAAAUGAUGAAUUUCAGAGCGUUACUCAUGUUCUUUCAUCGAGAAGAAGCAUGACAAUUAUCGGUCAGAUGGAAGCGAAGCGAUUGGCCAAAGAGCACGUGCGUCAAAGUUCUGUGAAAACUGUGGCAAUGAAGGAAACGAGACUUCACUCGAAAAGUAGAACACUCAUCGUGACGAUCUGUGGAAUUGCGACAGCUGAAGACGGCGUCGCCCGAUGCGGUAUCUUCUGGAAGACCUCGCCAGAAUGCGGAUGGCUGGGAGGACAGCACGGAGCACUCUGCGCGGAGAUGUUCGCAUUGGCGAGAACAAUCGAAAAAGUAGGCAGUGAAGAGAGGAGAAUCGAGAAGACACGUUUCAGGCUCUUUCUGGACCUUUCACGCAUAUAAUCGUCUACACGCAGUCAGAGCAUUUGGUGCGAUUUGUGAAUGUUUGGAGGAAAGAAUGGAAGAAAAGGGGAUGGCCGACGCCUUCGGGAAAGCCGACAGAGUGCAUGGAAAAAAAUGCAAGAAGCUCGACAAGUUACUCGAUCGGCUGACGGUCGAUGUGAGAAUCGGAUGCGAGCACAUCUCUCGAGCACGGGAACUGGCCGAAUCCAUUCGUGGCUACGUGCAGGUGCUCACGUUCGGAGAGUUGAUCACGGGAAACAAUGAGUCGACCGCUCGGUACGGAGUGUUCUGGGGAUCCGAAGAAGAUCCGAAAAAUGAAGUGGGCUGGGUGAACGGAGAGCAGAGCGUUGCCAGGGCCAAGUUGUGCGCCAUCCGAAGAGCUCUCGAGAUUGUGAGUGCGGAGCAGUUAGAAACGAGAAAGAAAUGGACAUUUCAGGCCUAUCACAACAAAAUCUUCAUACUAAUCAUCCGAACGAACUAUAAUAAAAAAAGAGAUGGCAAGGAUGAACGUCUUCUGACAGAUAUCCGAAGUUAUGCAAGGAAACUAGAGGUGGGAAAUGGAGUUGUUCCGUUGGAAAUUCUCAAUUUUCAGUCUGUACAAAUAUAUUCGAAACUUGAACAUAAUAAUAACCUCUAAUGCAUCGGCAGACAAGGAUGUUUUAUAUUAAACCUCGUGUUUGACUUAUAAAUGAUUUCUUUCAUCGUCUCCACCUCAUUUUUCCGAAACUUACAUUUAUCACGGGAUUUUAUAUGUUUUUCACUUUUCAUUGCAUAUCUCCUAAACUUUCAGACAGCUCCAGACAUCACUGCUGAAUUCAGAGCAGACUGGGGUCCGGAUGACGUUAAAAAUGACAUUGGGAAAGUGCGCGGAGAACAGAACGUCGGAAAAGCCAAGUUGUUGGCAAUCAGAAGAGCAUUAGAAACUGUGAGCCAUCGAGAGACAGAGAGGACUGUAACAUUACGAAGCUGAUCAUUCGGACGGAUUACGAUAAGAAGAAAGACGGAAAAGACGACGAGCUGAUGACAGAUAUUUGGAUGUUCCGCGAGAGAAUGGAGGUGAAUUCAAUUAACUCAAUUGGCUCCCCAACUUACAAAUUUCCAGCUCGUCCUGUUCGAUCGACUUUUAUCAAAAGAUCUGUCACGAUAG